AUGCCGUACAAGAGACGGCGGGUGCCGCGUGCGGCGGGAGGAAGUGGCAGGUCACCGCGGCGGAGGGAGCGGUCGGCGUCGCCGAGUAGCUCAAAGUCACCGCUCUCUGUCCGUGUGGUCGGAGACGUGACGGUGCCGCCAGGAACGGCGCUGGCACCCAACGUGACGUUUAUCAAGACCUGGUCGGUGGUGAACGACGGCGUCGAGGUGUGGGAUCGGGCGUUUCUGGUCUUUGUCUCGGGCAGCUUGCUCGCCCAGUCGCCUUCGAUCGCGUUGCCGGCGGUGGGCGCCGGCGAGCGGAUCAACGUGAGCCUCGAGGUACAGGCGCCUGAGACGGGCGGGCGGGCGCUGUCGAGCUGGGCGUUUAUGGACGCUGCCGGGCGGCGGUUUGGCGAACCGCUGGUCAUCGAUGUCAACGUGACGGCUGCGCACGCGCACGACAUCAACGCGGCGCGCGAUGCGCUGGCGGCGCUCAUCAGGGUUGGGCGGGUCCUGGGCAUGCCAGACCUCCCGCCGCUGGAAGCGCCGCCGCUGGGCGACGGGCCUUCGGCCUUUCCGUAUUUAGAGGAGCUGUGGGCCAUGGCCAAGGCGCUCGAGGCCCACACCGGGGCCGACACUGGCGCUAACGAGCUCGACGACGGGUUCAGCAGCGACGGUGAGCUGGUCGACGCGAGCGGCGACGAGCCUCUGUUCGAGAUUUCUGUGCGGUGGCGGAGUGGGAACCAGGUCUUCACCCUCUCUGUCUCGGCAUCGCACACGGUGGCCGACGUCAAGAGCGUGGUUGCGGGGCAGGCUGGGCUCCCGCGCGAGAGCCUCGAGCUGGCGCCGGCCUUUGCUGGCGGCGUCCCGCCUGACGGCCUGGUCCUCCUCGAUGCAUCGCGGACCUUGGCGUCGUACGGCCUUGGCAGCGGCACGGUGCUUGAGCUGCUUGUGGCGCCGGGGCCGGCCACCCUUGGGCCUACGCCGCAGGGUGCGAGUCCGCAGUGGGGAUGAGGCGGGCGAGGAACAGGAUCGAGAUAACAUGGCGGCUUUAUAGCUACGACUGAAUCAUGCGGUAGGUGAGGUCGAGGACGUCGGCCGAGUCGCGUGAGUGCCAGCGGGU